CGCAUGCGCCGUCCCGCCGCGGCCUAAGCUGGAGAGGCGCAGCCUGGCAGUUGUCCAUCCUGCCUCCUGCCAACAUGGCCGGCUUGGCCUUCUGCAACCGUUGCUUCCAGCCGCCCCGGGGCCCCUCCAAGUUCAGCUUGACCAGCUGCGGUCACGUCUAUUGCGACGCCUGCCUCCAGAAAGGUAAGAAGGAUCAAUGCAUUAUUUGUAAUGCGCCAUGUCGUACAAUUUUACUUACAAAUCAAGUGGAUUUUAAUAUCCAGGCAUUCUUUAUGGAUAUAGAUAAUUUAUGUAAGAAGUAUUCGAAAGAAACUUCACUGAUUUCCGAAUUUCAAGAUAAGCAGAGAGGGCACUUGCUGGCGUUCUACAAAGAAAAGACUUCUAAAUUAGAAGACUCUCUUAAGACGGUAACGAGACAGAUGCAACAGUUAGAAAGAAUGAACGUGCCGCACAGAUCUGCUCAAGGGUCCGUUUCCAAACCCGUGACGAGUUUAUUUUCAACACCUACGGGUAUAGCAAAUGGAUAUUCUGCACGCUCAUUCCGGCCACCUUACUCAUCUGCCUCCAACAUAGUGGAUUCAAUGAGAGUUGAUUUUGCGCCUUCACCAGUUAGAAAACCUGAGACCCCAGUAGCCCCCGUAAGAAUCUCAUUGAUAAGUCCACCUCAAGGCGGACGUAUGGGAAGUGUUUCCUAUAGGGGUUCAGGACUAACAGCAAGUCAGAAUAGGACUGCAAGCUCUGCAGAGAUGGAAGUAAAAACCGGAGCCGCGGGGAGUGGAGCACCGGCAGGAUGCGGGGCACCCGACCGCCUCUCCGGCAGGCCGAAAUUGCCUCUGGAAGUGGGCGCAAUUCCGUCGACUCGGAAAACUGGGGAAAGUCCCCGAUGCCACAGGAGCGAGGGGCGUCUGCGGGCAAAGAGGCGGGGUUUUCGUGGAAACCCUGUGAGGAAUGAAAAUGCCCCAUUGCCUGGAGCCCCGGAAGACCAACGAAAGUACCGAAGAGAUAUGAACAAGGGCUCUGGAAUUGGUAACGCACUUUUUACGUGUGCGACGAGCAACGAUCGGGGACAAUUUCUUCCAACGCGUCGCGACCCAGUGUGCAAUCCCGCCGGGGUGCCACUAGAGGGCGCAGGGAACCCUUCUAAUUCUGUCACUUGAACGAGCGGGUUUUUCUUGUCUCUUUUACCCAAAAAUGUAUCCGUGGCCGCUUUGUUGUACUAGAAGAAUGAAAUAUUCAAAUUAAAGCAACUAUAUCAAGCCCCCAAACCC